CCCCCCGCCAUGGCGGCCUUGGCCAGCUCCUUGAUCCGGCAGCAGCGGCGCGGGGGGGGCGGGGGGGGGGGUCCGGAGGGGGCGCCCCUCCCCCCCUCCAUGCCCCGCCCCCCGCCCCGCCCCCCCUCCCUCUGCCAACAGCAGCUCCGGGGGCUCGUGGCCAAAGUGCGGGGCUGCGGCCGCAGGGGGGGGGCCCGGGGGGGGACCCCAGAGCCGCCGCUGAGGGGCGCUGUGGCGCGGCUGCGCUCGGGGCACGGCCACCUCCUGCAGAUGGCGCCCGACGGGAGGCUGGAGGGCACGCGCGAGGAGGCGGGGCCAGGCACGCUGUUCAACCUCAUCCCCGUGGGGCUCCGCGUCGUCGCCAUCCAGGGCGCGCGCGCCGGGCGCUACGUGGCCAUGAACGGGGCCGGGCUCGUCUACAGCUCCGUUCACUUCACGGCCGAGUGCCGCUUCAAGGAGGGGGUGUUCGAGAGCUACCACGUGCUCUACGCCUCGGCCCUAUACCGGCAGCGCCGCUCGGGGCGCGCCUGGUACCUGGGGCUGGACCGGCACGGCCGCCCCAUGGCGGGGCCCCGCGUGCGCAAGGACAAGGCCGCCGCGCACUUCCUGCCCCAGCUGCUGGAGGUGGCUCUGUACCGGGAGCCCUCCCUGCACGAGGUGGAGGAGCCCCCCGGGCCCCCCCCCGAAGCCUCCAAGCCGACCUGUGACCUCUGACCUCCAUCACGUGACCUCCGACCUCCAUCACGUGACCUCUGACCCCCGAACUGUGACCUCUACCCACCCACCCUGACCUUUUG